AUGGGUUUAAAAAUUAAAAAUUAUUCGGGAUUUAUAUCAACUUAUGAAUCGUCAAAAUUGCAAUGCAAAUAUUCGAAUUUAAAAAUUUCUAAACAUUACUUGUCACGAAGUGUUUAUUUUGAAAAAGGGAAACAACUUGUAAAAGAAAAAACUAGUCAUUUUAUGAAAUGGUAUGACGAUUUCACUGGAAUGAAUGAUGUUCUAAGUGCUCAAAGUAGAGUUAUUAAAGAAGAAGAAAAUUUAAAGAAAGCACAAGAAGUACGACGAAACGCUUUGAACGAAUUAAACGAAAUUCAAAAUAAAAUCAAAGAAGUUUAUGCUGAAAUAGAUACAACGAAUAGAGGAGAAGAUAGAUAUAUUCAUUUGGUUACUCUUGAACACAGAUUACUGAAGGAAGAAAAAAAUAUCAAGGAAAAUUUUUCAGCAGCGGAAAAAAAUGAACGAGAAGCAUUUGUAAAUUUAAGUAAUAGCGUAAAAUUUUCUCACGAGCAAGAAAGGACUCAAAGAGAAAGAACAAAAUACUGGUCUGUAAUUGGAUCCGUUUUGGGAACACUUUUAGGAAUUGUUGGCACAUCAAUAAAUAAUCAUUUUAAAAUAAAAGAAUUAAAAGAGCUUAUAAGUAGUUCCUCAAAUUCUGAGCUUUUAAACAAUUUGAAAUUAUUAAUAGAAAAAAAUGAAAUAUUUUUUAAUAAUUUAAGAGACCAAAUAAAGGCUUUAAAUUUAAAUGAAAAUAGUGAUAAGAAUGUAGAAUUAGAAAAAUUAUUAAAUAAAAUGAAUUCUAGGUUAUUCGAAAUAGAAACCGAUUCAAGCACUAAUGUUAGUAAUGAAGAAACAAAUUACAGUUUAAGUAGUAAUGACUCAUAUGUAAUAAUUAAACAAGUUGACAUUUUAUCUGAAUCAUUACAUAAAGAAUAUUCAAAUUUAAAAACAAUGGUGUUUGCCUUAGGAGCAUUAAGCGUGGUUAUGCCACUUCUUGCCAAAUAUUUUUCAUGGUAG